UUAAAAUCGCUUUAAUGGAUCGUGAACUACGGGAAAGAAAGGGAGACGCUAAAGAGCGUUAUCGCACUGAGUGUGAAGGGCUUCCUCACGGCUGGAGCAGGGAAGUUGUUAUUAGAAAGUCGGGCAAUUCAGCAGGCAGAGUUGAUAUCUAUUAUUACAGUCCCUGUGGCAAAAAGUUUCGUUCAAAGCCACAAGUUCAAGAUUUCCUGAAAGGCAAAGUCGACUUGAGGAAUUUUGACUUCAGAACGGGAACUAUGACAAAUGGAAUUGUACGGAAUAGCAGUCGGAAAAGAAAGGCUGACAUAUUCACUAGAGACUUUGCUGCUCAAGGAGCCUCCCCCACAAAGAUCCCACUAAGGCAAACCGCAAUUAAAUUUACUCGCCAGCCUGUCACGGUUGUAAACAACUCACCAAUAUAUGUGUCAGGUGUCGACAAGAAAUUUGAUACCAAAGGCAGUACUGCUCAGCAACCACGCUCGAUCUUCUGGGAGAAAUGCCUGCAAGGUUUGCAUGUGGUAGAUGAGAAUGAUAACAAUCUGGAUGAGUAUGAGUUACCAAGCCUUUUUCGACCUCUUGGCCCCAAGAAAGAAUGGGGUUCACUUGUGAACAGUCUUACAACAGACUUAUACAUGACAAAGAAGAACAUUUCCGGUCAAAAUAUGUCCCUCAAAGCAUUUGAGAAAAAUCCUUGUGUUUGGUUGAACGCAGCCCAGCCAUUGUGUGCUCCAUUUAAAGUCUGUGAUUCUGACAUUCGUCGUCAGGAGGAAAGAGUGCAAUAUAUUAGAAAACGAUUAGCGGAUGCGCUGGAGGAAUAUGAUUAUUUGAAGUUUAAAGCAUUGGGGGUUUCUGGUCAGCACUAGGACAAUACAGUUAUGCAAUAUUUGUUUAUAUAAAUUUACUUUUUGUAUGUAUAUAUGUAUGUCAAGAUAUCAAGACAAUAAGCUUUUACUAUUGAUGAUAUUGAGGUGAAUAGUUAGUAAUGUUUUCUGUGAGACUGUAGGAGUAUUUGUUUAUAAUAAAAGAAAAUAUAUAUGUGAUUUGUUUGCAAGUUAGAUGGGUGGACAAAAUUCAACUUUGGGGUCUUCACAUAUCCGUACCUCACUUUGCCCUUAUCAUACACAAUUGUACAC